AUGAACAUCGCCGACGAUUUAACUAAGUGGGGUUCUGGAACAACAGUAGAUCCGGAGUGUCGAUGGUUUCUAGGUCCACCAUUUUUACACGAACCCAUGGAAUCAUGGCCGGAGCAGCCCAAAACGAAAUUGUUGGUACCUGAUGAACUGAAGCCGUGCUACUUGUUCCAUCAUAUUGUCUUACCGGAAGCAAUCAUCGAUGUGACUCGAAUUUCAAAAUGGAAAGUAUUGUUGAGGACAAUAGCGACAGUGUACCGUUUCAUUUCAAAUUGCAAACGAAAAUGGAAGGGGCUUCCAAUUGAAGCAAUCAGUAUCGAUGAUGGGCGGAAGGCGAUUAUUCCGGCUGUACACGUAGCGAUCCAGCAAGAAGAACUGUGUAAAGCGGAACAUCUGCUUUGGCGAAUGGCUCAGGCAGAUAAAUUUGCGGACGAAGUGAAGAUUCUGAAGAGAAAUAAGGACGUCGCAUCGGAUCAAUGGAUACGUAUCGAAAAAUCGAGCCCUUUGUAUAAGAUGUCACCCUUUUUAGACGAAGAUUGCAUCAUACGGAUGGAGGGCAGAACAGCAGCAGCGAGUUUUGCUGCAAGCAGCACUCGCUUUCCAGUAAUACUCCCAAGAGACCACGUGAUAACCAAGAAGAUCGUGGAGGACUUCCAUGUGCGAUAUGGACACGCUUCGAAGGAAAUAGUUGUCAAUGAAAUUCGACAAGCGUUCUUCGUUCCGAAGCUACGAGCGGUGGUUGGAAGAGUUAUCAUCGACUGUUUAGUUUGUAAAUUACGCAGAUGUAAACCUGUUAUUCCCCGAAUGGCACCGUUACCCAUACAACGAAUGCAACCAUAUGUUCGAGCUUUCAGCUACGUAGGAUUGGAUUAUUGCGGACCAAUCGAUGUAACCGUAGGCAGACGUACUGAAAAGCGGUAUGUGGCAUUGUUCACUUGUUUAGUUGUAAGAGCCGUACACUGCGAAAUAGCUUUCAGUCUCAGCACAGAAUCGUGCAUACUUGCCAUCCGACGAUUCAUCCGACGCCGUGGAUCGCCGAUCGAAAUAUUCACGGACAAUGGCACGAAUUUUCAGGGAGCCAGUCGUGAACUUAAGGAACAGUUGAAACGAAUUGAUAGGGAGUGUGCCGACACCUUCACUGAUGCCAGAACAAAGUGGAACUUUAACCCGCCUUCUGCUCCCCACAUGGGUGGAGUGUGGGAGCGGAUGGUAAGAUCAGUCAAGGAAGCCCUGGUCUCGUUGAGUGAUGGGCGUAAAAUGAACGACGACAUCUUGAUGACGACAUUGGCCGAAGCAGAACAUAUAAUAAAUUCUCGCCCGCUGACAUACUCCGGAACAGAAGACAACGAACUGGAUACUAUAACACCAAACCAUUUCCUCCAUGGAAACUCGUCUGGACAGCAUCACCCAUUCCAAGUACCGAUUUCGCUGGCGGAAGAACUUAGAAGUAGUUACAAGCGAACGCAAGUACUAGCCAAGAAGUUUUGGGACCGUUGGUGCAAAGAAUACUUUCCAACACUGAACCAACGUAGUAGGUGGUACGAGGAUAGCCGGACACUGAAAGUAGGAGACUUAGUAUUAGUGAUGGAUGAUGGUAAAGGAGGUACAAGUAUCAGGGGCAUCGUAGACAUCGAUGGUCGUAUUCGUCAAGCCUUGGUUAGGACCACUAAUGGAUGCUUUCGAAGACCUGUGGCUAAACUAUCGAUUCUGGAGCUAGGAGAUAAACCUGCUGGCCUUACACAAGAGUAA